CAGGUCGCACCCAUCCCCCCUGCAGCCCCGCCUGCCCCUCCCUCUGGCCCUGGUUGCCCCCCGCCUCCCCCAGGCCCGCCUCCACCCCCAGGCCCCCCACCUGCUGGCCCCCCACCCCCACCUGGCCCCCCACCACCCCCUGGGUCCGGGGCCCCACCUGCCCCACCUCUGUCUGGGGGAGGGGGAGGAGGAGGAGGGGACGAUGGAGGGGGUCUCGGUGGGCCCGAGGGACUAGCUGCAGCCCUAGCAGGAGCCAAACUACGCAAAUCGGCCAAGGUGAGACCAGCAUCACGGCUGUUUUCCAGGUUGCAUUUAUCACAGUCAUGCUGCACAUAUGACCAGAUCUCACAAGGCUUGGAGAAGUGUUUAACGCAGGGCACUGUUCUUGGAGCGCUACCGGCCCGGAAGUUUCUCACAACCCUAACCUGGACACCAGAUUCAAAUAAUUAGCUGGUUGAUAAGCUGAAUCAGGUUGGUCACACCUGGGGUUGGAGCGAAAACCUACAGGAGGGUAUCUCUCCUGGAACAGGGUUGGAGAGCCCUGGUUUAAUGUCUCAAGAACCACACCAAUAUGAUAUAGAGUUGUCCAGGCGCCUUAAAAAAAGACAACCUGGAACGCGCCCCUUUUACUCCAUAUUCCAUUGUUGAUGCAUGAUUGAUUGAUUGAUUUUAUUAUUAUUAUGUCAUGCAUCUUCAGGGUACCCAGCCCACAUGGGCUUAUAAGACACUGUAUUUGCUGUAGCAGAAUAAAUAAAUAAUGUAUACAGUGUCUAGUGAAAGUCUACACACCCCUUGCACAGUCUUCACAUUUUGCCGCCUUACAAAUAAAUCUAAAAAGGGAUUAAACUGGAUCUUUCCCCCUACAGAUCUACAGAACCUACCCACAUGUUCAAGGUGAAUGAAAAUUAUAGAACAUUUUCCAAAUGAAUAAAACAAUUAUGUAUUGAUUGCAUGUCUUUGCACUCCACAGUUAAUACAGCUAUUACAGCUGUCAAUAUUGUUUUUAUAAGAUUCUACCAACUUUGCACAACUCUUAGGGCAACCUAUAUCCAUUGUUUUUGUCAAAAUUGCUCAAGCUAACUACAUUUGUUUGGGAAUCAUUGAUGGACAGCAAUAUUCAAACCUUGUCUCUGAUUUUCAAGAAAAAUGUAAGUUAGGACUGAGACUGGACCACUCAGGAACACUCUAUUAUGGUGUGUCUUUAGCAUUAAAAUGUGUGUAAUUGUCCCACUGAAAAAUACAGAUCUGUCCAAGGGUUAGGUAUUCAGAAGUCUGAGGCAGGUUUUCCUGUAACUCUUUACCUGGGCUUUACUCCUUUUCAUAUUUAUUUUGCUCCUUACAUACAGUACUCCCCAGUCCCUGCCUGUGACAAUAACAUGAUGCUGCCACCACAAUAUUUGGCAAUACAGAGUUUCACUCGCGUUGUAUUGGAUUUGACCCAAACCUCUAGUUUUUAACUCAGGCCAAAAAGUUAAUUUAUUUGCUGUGUUGUCUUGCAGUAUUGCUGAAUGGUGUUGUUGCAAACAGAAUGGAUGAUUUGUGUGUAUUUUUUAACAUAUCAGAAUGGCUUUCCAAGAGGUGUUGAGUUUUCAUGAAUUGUUUAGUCUCAGUCCUGACUUAAAUCUGCUUGAAAAUCAGUGGCAUCAAUGGUUCCCAACCAAAUUUACUAAGCUUGAGUAAUUUUGACAAAAACAAUGGAUAUGUUGCCCUAAGAGUUGUGCAAGGUUGGUAGAAUCUUCAACCAAGUAUUAACUCUGGGGUGUGAAGACAAACAAUCAAUACAUUUUCAUUUCUUAUUGGAAACAAUUUUUCUUUCACUUUGAAAAUAUGGAGAUGGUCAUGUAGAUUGACAGGAAAAAUUUAAUAUUUUUUUGAUGAGAUUUUAAGGCAGCAAAAUGUGAAGACUUUGUAAGGGGUGUGUAAGACUUUCACUAGAAACUGUAUACAGUGCAUUCGGAAAGUAUUCAUACCCCUUGACUUUUUCCACAUUUUGUUACUUUACAGUCUUAUUUUAAAAUCCUCAUCAAUCUACACACAAUACCUCAUAAUGACAAAGCGAAAACAGUUUUUUUUAAAUGUUUGCACAUUUAUUAAAAAUAAAAAACAAAUACUUUAUUUACAUACAGUGAGGGGAAAAAAGUAUUUGAUCCCCUGCUGAUUUUGUACAUUUGCCCACUGACAAAUAAAUUAUCUGUCUAUAAUUUUAAUGGUAGGUUUAUUUGAACAGUGAGAGACAGAAUAACAACAAAAAAAUCCAGAAAAACGCAUGUCAAAAAUGUUAUCAAGUAAAUAGUGAUUUGCAUUUUAAUGAGGGAAAUAAGUAUUUGACCCCUCUGCAAAACAUGAUUUAGUACAUGGUGGCAAAACCCUUGUUGGCAAUCACAGAGGUCAGACGUUUCUUGUAGUUGGCCACCAGGUUUGCACACAUCUCAGGAGGGAUUUUGUCCCACUCAUCUUUGCAGAUCUUCUCCAAGUCAUUAAGGUUUCGAGGUUGACGUUUGGCAACUCAAACUUUCAGCUCCCUCCACAGAUUUUCUACGGGAUGAAGGUCUGGAGACUGGCUAGGCCACUCCAGGACCUUAAUGUGCUUCUUCUUGAGCCACUCCUUCGUUGCCUUGGCCGUGAGUUUUGGGUCAUUGUCAUGCUGGAAUACCCAUCCACGACACAUUUUCAAUGCCCUGGCUGAGGGAAGGAGGUUCUCACCCAAGAUUUGACGGUGCAUGGCCCCAUCCAUCGUCCCUUUGAUGCGGUGAAGUUGUCCUGUCCCCUUAGCAGAAAAACACCCCCAAAGCAUAAUGUUUCCACCUCCAUGUUUGACAGUGGGGAUGGUGUUCUUGGGGUCAUAGGCAGUAUUCCACGGCGAGUUGAGUUGAUGCCAAAGAGCUCCAUUUUGGUCUCAUCUGACCACAACACAUUCACCCAGUUCUCCUCUGAAUCAUUCAGAUGUUCAUUGGCAAACUUCAGACAGGCCUGUAUAUGUGCUUUCUUGAGCAGGGGGACCUUGCGGGUGCUGCAGGAUUUCAGUCCUUCACAGCGUAGUGUGUUACCAAUUGUUUUCUUGGUGACUAUGGUCCCAGCUGCCUUGAGAUCAUUGACAAGAUCCUCCCGUGUAGUUCUGGGCUGAUUCCUCACCGUUCUCAUGAUCAUUGCAACUCCACGAGGUGAGAUCUUGCAUGGAGCCCCAGGCCGGAGAUUGACAGUUAUUUUGUGUUUCUUCCAUUUGCAAAUAAUCACACCAGCUGUUGUCACCUUCUCACCAAGCUGCUUGGCGAUGGUCUUGUAGCCCAUUCCAGCCUUGUGUAGGUCUACAAUCUUGUCCCUGACAUCCUUGGAGAGCUCUUUUGUCUUGGCCAUGGUGGAGAGUUUGGAAUCUGAUUGAUUGAUUGCUUCUGUGAACAGGUGUCUUUUAUACAGGUAACAAACUGAGAUAAGGAGCACUCCCUUUAAGAGUGUGCUCCUAAUCUCAGCUCGUUACCUGUAUAAAAGACACCUGGGAGCCAGAAAUCUUUCUGAUUGAGAGGGGGUCAAAUACUUAUUUCCCACAUUAAAAUGCAAAUAAAUGUAUAACAUUUUUGACAUGCGUUUUUCAGAAUUUUUUUGUUGUUGUUAUUCUGUCUCUCACUGUUCAAAUAAACCUACCAUUAAAAUUAUAGACUGAUCAUUUCCUUGUCAGUGGGCAAAUGUACAAAAUCAGCAGGGGAUCAAAUACUUUUUUCCCUCACUGUACACAAUCCAUGUCUCAAUUGUCUCAAGGCUUAAAAAUCCUUCUUUAACCGGUCUCCUCCCCUUCAAAUUGAAGUGGAUUUAACAAGUGACAUCAAUAAGGGAUCAUACUUUUCACCUGGAUUCAGCUGGUCGGUCAAUGGACAUGUUUUGUACACUAUGUGUGUGUAUGUAUGUAUGUAUGUAUGUAUGUAUGUAUGUAUGUAUGUAUGUAUGUAUGUAUGUGUAGAUAUAGAUAGAUAGAUAUAUAUAUAUAUAUAUAUAUAUAUAUAUAUAUAUAUAUAUAUAUAUAUAUAUAGAUAUAGAUAUAUAUAUAUAUAUAUAUAGAUAUAGAUAUAUAUAUAUAUAUAUAUAUACACACACUACCUGUCAGAAUUUUGGACACACCUACUCAUUCAAGGGUUUUUGACAAUUUUAGAUUUUUUUUUACAUUGUAUAAUAAUAGUGAAGACAUCAAAACUAUGGAAUCACAUGGAAUCAUGUAGUAAACAAAAAAGUGUUCGACAAAUCAAAAUAUAUUUUCAAAUAGCCACCCUUUGCCUUGAUGACAGCUUUGCACACUCUUGGCAUUCUCUCAACCAGCUUCAACUGGAAUGCUUUAGCAAAAGUCUUGAAGGAGUUCCCACCUAUGCUGAGCACUUGUUGGCAGCUUUUACUUCACUCUGCCGUCCGACUCAUCCCAAACCAUCUCAGUUGGGUUGAGGUCGGGUGAUUGUGGAGGCCAGGUCAUCUGAUGCAGCACUCCAUCACUCUCCUUCUUGGUAUAAUAGCCCUUACACAGCCUGGAGGUGUGUUGGGUCAUUGUCCUGUUGAAAAACAAAUGAUAGUCCCACUAAGCCCAAACCAGAUGGGAUAGCGUAUCGCUGUAGAAUGCUGUGGUAGCCAUGCUGGUUAAGUGUGCCUUGAAUUCUAAAUAAAUCACAGACAUUGUCACCAGCAAAGCACCCCCACACCAUAACACCUCCUCCUCCAUGCUUUACGGUGGGAAAUACACAUGCCGAGAUCAUCCGUUCACCCAAACCGCGUCUCACAAAGACACGGUGGUUGGAACCAAAAAUCUCACAUUUGGACUCCAGACCAACGGACAAAUUUCCACGGGUCUAAUUUCCAUUGCUCGUGUUUCUUGGCCCAAGCAGGUCUCUUCUUCUUAUUGGUGUCCUUUAGUAGUGGUUUCUUUGCAGCAAUUCAACCAUGAAGGCCGAAUUCACACAGUCCCCUCUGAACAGUUGAUGUUGAGAUGUGUCUGUUACUUGAACUCUGUGAAGCAUUUAUUUGGGCUGCAAUUUCUGAGGCUGGUAACUUUAAUGAACUUAUCCUCUGCAGCAGAGGUAACUCUGGGUCUUCCUUUCCUGUGCGGUCCUCAUGAGAGACAGUUUCAUCAUAGCGCUUUAUGGUUUUUGCGACUGCACUUGAAGAAACUUUCAAAGUUCUUGAAAUGUUCUGUAUUGACUGACCUUCAUGUCUUUAAAGGAAUGAUGGACUGUCAUUUCUCUUUGCUUAUUUGAGCUGUUCUUGCCAUUAAUGUGGACUUGGUCUUUUACCAAAUAGGGCUAUCUUCUGUAACCCCCCCCCCCCCCCCACCUUGUCACAACACAACUGAUUGGCUCAAACACAUUAAGAAGGAAAGAAAUUCCACAAAUUAACUUUUAAGAAGGCACACCUGUUAAUUGAAAUGCAUUCCAGGUGACUACCUCAUGAAGCUGUCAUCAAGGCAAAGGGUGGCUAUUUGAAUAAUAUUUUUUGGUUACUACAUGAUUCCAUAUGUGUUAUUUCAUAGUUUUGAUGUCUUCACUAUUAUUCUACAAUGUAGAAAAUUGUCAAAAAUUGUCAAAAACCCUUGAAAGAAUAGGUGUGUCAAAAAUUUUGACUGGUAGUGUGUGUAUAUGUGUGUGUGUGUGUGUGUAUAUGUAUAUAUAUAUAUAUAUAUAUAUAUAUAUAUAUAUAUAUAUAUAUAUAUAUAUAUAUAUAUAUACAUACAUACAUACAUACACACAUACACACAUACACACAUACAUACACACAUACAUACACACACACACAGAGUGUACAAAACAUUAAGUUGACUGUGCCUUUAAACAGCUUGGAAAAUUCCAGAAAAUUAUGUCAUGGCUUUAGAAGCUUCUGAUAGGCUAAUUUAUAUCAUUUGAGUCAAUUGGAGGUGUACCUGUGGAUGUAUUUCAAGGCCUACCUUCAAACUCAGUGCCUCUUUGCUUGACAUCAUGGGAAAAUCAAAAGAAAUCAGCCAAGACCUCUGAAAAAAAAUGUGUAGACCUCCGCAAGGCUGGUUCAUCCUUGGGAGCAAUUUCCAAACGCCUGAAGGUACCACGUUCAUCUGUACAAACAAUAGUAUGCAAGUAUAAACACCAUGGGACCAAGCAGCCAUCAUACCGCUCAGGAGAUGUGUUCUGUCUCCUAGAGAUGAACGUACUUUGGUGCGAAAAGUUCAAAUAAAUCCCAGAACAACAGCAAAGGACCUUGUGAAGAUGAUGGAGGAAACAGGUACAAAAGUAUCUAUAUCCACAGUAAAACAAGUCCUAUAUCGACAUAACCUGAAAGGCCGCUUAGCAAGGAAGAAGCAACUGCUCCAAAACCGCCAUAAAAAAGCCAGAAUUGGGUUUGCAACUGCACAUGGGGACAAAGAUCGUACUUUUUGGAGAAAUGUCGUCUGGUCGGAUGAAACCAAAAUAGAACUGUUUGUCCAUAAUGACCAUCGUUAUGUUUGGAGGAAAAAGUGGAAGGGUUGCAAGCCGAAAAACUCCUUCCCAACCGUGAAGCACGGGGGUGGCAGCAUCAUGCUGUGGGGGUGCUUUGCUGCAGGAGGGACUGGUGCACUUCACUAAAUAGAUGGCAUCAUGAAGAAGGAAAAUUAUGUCGAUAUAUUAAAGCAACAGCUCAACACAUCAGUCAGGAAGUUAAAUAUUGGUCGCAAAUGGGUCUUCCAAAUGGACAAUGACCCCAAGCAUACUUCCAAAGUUGUGGCAAAAUGGCUUAAGGACAACAAAGUCAAGGUAUUGGAGUGGCCAUCACAAUGCCCUGACCUCAAUCCUAUAGAGAAUUUGUGGGCAGAACUAAAAAAGCGUGUGCGAGCAAGGAGGCCUACAUACCUGACUCAGUUACACCAGCUCUGUCAGGAGGAAUGGGCCAAAAUUCACCCAACUUAUUGUGGGAAGCUUGUGGAAGGCUACCCGAAACGUUUGACCCAAGUUAAACAAUUUAAAGGCAAUGCUACCGAAUACUAAUUGAGUGUAUGUAAACUUCUGACCCACUGGGAAUGUGAUGAAAGAAAUAAAAGCUUAAAUAAAUCAUUCUCUCUACUAUUAUUCUGACAUUACACAUUCUUAAAAUAAAGUGGUGAUCCUAACUGACCUAAGACAGGGAAUUUCUACUAGGAUUAAAUGUCAGGAAUUGUGAAAAACUGAGUUUAAAUGUAUUUGGCUAAGGUGUAUGUAGACUUCCGACUUCAACUGUAUAUAUAUAUUUAUAUUUAUAUAUAUAUAAUAAUAUUGUAUUUUUUAAUUCAUAUGGAAAUGAAAAACAAAAUAAAUACAUUUUUUUUAAAUAUACAACUUAUCAUGUCACAUCUUCCAAGCUUUGGAGAUUGCGUUUGCAACCAGGAAUACACAUUUCCUAAAUAGCCAUUCAAGUUUUUCUUCAUCACUACUCCAGAAUAGUUCCUGUUUUUGUUACAACAUAGUUGUAUAUUCAGUGAGAAUAUUUCAUUCCUUCCUCCCUUUUUUGAGGUAAUCCCUGGUCUGUAAGUGAGUAGAUAUACAGUGGCUUGCGAAAAUUUUCACCCCCCUUGCCAUUUUUCCUAUUUUGUUGCCUUACAAACUGCCAACUCUAGGUGAAGACACGGUUUCCACCUUUCACAAAUCUUCGUGUCAGAUCAGUGAUUUCCUUAAGGAAGGAAGGAAAGAAGGGAGCAUUUUUUUUAAAUAUUGAAAGAGCCUGUGUAUCUCUGUAGGAGGAUGGUGGUGCGGCAGCAUCUCCUCCAUCAGGAGGAGGUGGUGGUGGGGGAGGAAAUCUGAUGGGGGAGAUGAGUGCCAUCCUGGCCCGACGGUGAGCCACUGCCUCAGUCUUUGUUACAUGUGGGGCUGGACGAGUGUGUAUGAUGAGUGUUCACGUCAAGUGUGUGUGUGUGUGACGUUUACGAUCAUAUGGCUUUGCGUGUGUGAGAUUGCAGAGGCUAAGCCGUUGCUUCAUUGUCUUUUUGUACAGGAAGAAAAUGUCAGAUAAUCCAGGCGCAAAGAAGGAUGUGCCCAGCAAUGUAAGUCUAUUGUAAAUCAUCUUUGUAGAGACAACAAUCCUCUCGUAAUAAAUCCUUAAGAAUGUGUGUGUAAGCUGCAAGUCAAGUCACACUGUGGUUAAACACAUAUUUGCGUGGUAAAGGGAUGAGGCAAUGUCAUUUUGUGCUUUUAGGAAGACUCCUCAAAGUCCUCAGGCCAAGGUGGUGAGUAGAUCCGCUGAAGUCUUCAUUCAUUCCUUUUGUAUUUGACUGGGCAUGCACCUGGGGGCUGUUCCAGAAAGCAUAUAUUUUCAAGAAAUAUGUAUUCAUUAGGCACCACCAAAUGAAAGAAAACGCACCGAAACAGGGAGGGACUAGCUGAACUUGUCCAAAAAGAAACACUCAUUUUUGUUUUCUGUUGCAAAAUGUUUUUAUAUGGUGUGCACUUCUUCUCUCCUUUGUCUGAUUUGAGCUGUGAAGCAUUUGUUGGCCUUUUAUUGAAUAAAAUAUUAUACCGCUACAUAAAUAUAAUAUAUAUUCUUUGAUGUUUCAUAAUUCUCAUGAUCUCCUUUUGCCAUGAAAGACACCCUCAGGAGACCGUGGGAGAAAUCAGCCACCAUGCCAAGGUAGGGAACUCCCCGGUCUGUUGAACAUCAACACAAUAAACACCACCACACUGUCUCUCGUACCUGUGGUGCAGGAAAUUACAGCCCAGUUCACCCACCCCCUGUUUAUUACUUUUCUACAAUAACUGUUUUUAUGUUUACUAUGGGGGGACAAAACUAGGCAGGCACAAAUUCAAUCUGUGCCCCCCAGUGGAGCCGGCCCAGUCUUUUUCUAUCCCACCUCUCUAGCACUGUAAAGAGAGCGUGUUUCAUGUUUGAGAGAAAAUCUUACAUGUCUCAAACAGGACUAACUCAACCACCAAGACCCAGCUGCAGGAGAGCAGCCCCACCUCCACCACCCCUGCCCUUCCUCCUGCCCCCCCUUCUCCAUCCUCUGACCCAUUGCCCAGGUACCCCCUAUUUGCCCCCCCCCUCCUACCCUCCUACCCUCUUCCCUUAUACCUAGACCCUAAUGCUGGGGCUCCAUGUCUGUCUGCAGCUUCUCCACUGUCCCACUAGGUGUAGGGUGAAGUUGCCCAUAGACGCUGGUCUUGGGUCAGUUUUGCAUUUCCCCCACUAAUGGUUAAGGUUAGGAUUGGGGAGAGGAAGCUGAUACUAGAUCUGUACCUAGGGGAAGCUUCACCCUGGAGUGUCCCACUAGGGAACUACCAACAGCCCUGUGUGCUACGUGUGGCCUCUUGUGCCAAGGGAUUAAGCAACACAAUGCUGUGAACAUUUUAGUUUUUGCCCUAGCACUAACACAUGUGAUUCUAUUCAAAGGCGUGAUGAUGAUUAAUUGGUUGAAUCAAGUAUGUAUUUUAGUACAAGGGCAAAAACUAAAAUGUGCACCUCUCCAGGACCAGGAUUGGGAAACACUCUGCUUUAGGGCCUUGCAAUCCUCAAGGCCUGGUAUUUGGUACUCUCUGUUUUUGUAUUUUCGGUCUUGCUAAGAUUUAAUAAAGGGUCACAGAAAUAGAGCAAGAGAUGGUUUCAUUGAACUGCAUCUUUUUGCCGCGGCUUUGCACUGAGCCUGCUGUAUGUGCCUUUACUAUGACCUCUGACUAAGCAUGUAUGUCCUGCUCCUGCUAAUGACAGGGCCCAGCCCAGAAACAACCCUCUAUACACCCUAGGCCAGGGGUCGGCAACAGGGGGCCCGCGGUACAACACCGGCCCGCAAGUGAUUUAUUUUGCCCUUGGUAGUGUAUAUAUAAUUAUUUUACUAAAAACUUUUUGGGGUUAAUACAUGAUUCCAUAUGUGUUAUUUCAUAGUUUUGAUAUCUUCACUAUUAUUCUACAAUGUAGAAAUUAGUAAAAAUAAAGAAAAACCCUUGAAUGAGUAGGUGUUCUAAACAUUUUGACCGGUAGUGUAUAUUUAUUAUUUGAGGGGGGGGGUUUCGUUUUUGGUUAAAAAAAAGACUAAAAUCACAGGGAGUUGAAUUUAGGAAAUGUGUUCCCAAGUAUUCCCACAAUUACAAAAAGAGACAUAUGUGAUCGUGUCUCAAUGUAAUCAAGGUAUGAAAUUAUUAUUUUCAAAUACAAUCUCCUUUUGGGCUUGGUUGUGGUCAAUUUGCAAUGUAGACAUUUUACCCAACAAAAAUAAAAAAUGUAGUUGCCUAACCCUGCUCUAGGCAUUGGUGUAGAUUUGAAGUGAAUGGAUAGGUAUAAGCAAUAUAGUAAAAAUUAUCCACUUAGGCUAUCAGAGGGCAAGGUGGGACAACUACCAUAUUGUUUAUAGUACCAGUCCAAUUCUUUCAUAUCUACAUCAAGUGCCAAGAGGUUAGGGUCUGUUUCUGGACUGGGGCCUCUCUCAAGUCACCACCUGAUCAAACAAUUGUCUCAUCCCCUCAGAUUUGGAAACUAAAUUGAUUAACUCAAGAUCAGUGGCUAUGAUAAGUUAAAUCUGGUGUACUAGUGCGUAGUUGGAAAAAAACCUAUUGCAAGUAAUGUAGGCAAAGUCACACCACACUGACCAUUUGAAAAGACUUCAGUUUCUAUGUCUGUACAACACCAGCAGAGGGGCGUUAUCCACUCCUCAUUGGUCUGCAACUUUCCGUGGUGCUAUGGCUGUUACCACGGUGACUAGAUGGCUGGAUAGCGGCUGUGGGAGCGCAACAAUCCGCCACUUUUGGCCAAACUGAGCUUCCAUAUCCUUGGUGUUUGUUGUUGACCUCCUGCUCUCCCGCCAUUCACUCCUUUUUUUCAUUCUCUCUCCUCUCUCUCUCCUCCUCCUCUCGCUCGCUAACUCUCUUCCUCUCUCUGUCUCUCUUCCUCUCUCUGUCUAUCUCUCUGUUUCUCUCAGGAUGAAGGCAGUGAACAGCACCACGGCCAGCACAGGCAGUGAAGACACAGAGAUGGAGAGAAUCAAACAGGUGAGCUCCACCUUUGACCUGUUUGUGUUGUGUUUAAAGGAUUACUGUCAUGUAGACUAGACAUAACAGGAGGCCAUUGCUCCUCUACUAAUGGUGUCAGAUAAAGACAAUCUAUGGGCAUCAUUCUCAGAUAAUGCUAUUUUGAUUUGUGUGUUUAGGACAUCCUUGAGGAAGUGAGAAAAGAGCUCCAUAAAGUGAAGGAUGAAAUUAUCGGGGGUGAGUUCCUGAUCUGGCCCAUCCCAUUCAAGGAGUACUCCCUAGCGUUUUCCUUUUUUUGUUACUAGCAGUACAGUCAAUAAGAAUCACAAUACAUUUUUGCUCCAGCCACUGCAUUAUAUUUAUAUACUUUUUACACACAUUAUUUAUUUUAAAUACCUCAUGGUUUAAUAUUAUUUUCUCAAUUCUCAUUACUACAAAUCAUAUAUGUCAGUAUAAGUCAUACUGAUAUAUAUGAUUUGUAAUAAUGAGAAUUGAGAAAAUAAUAUUAAACCAUGAGGUAUUUAAAAUAAAUAAUGUGUAGGUUUGGACAAUAUUUGAGGAACUUUGGAGCCUCUUCUCUUUCUCACUAAUUACCCCCCUCUUUCUCUUUCAGCAUUUAUCCAGGAGAUGCAGAGGAGAGGCCAAGUAUAGUCUCUCAACAUACAGCCACUGGCACCUGGACAGAAGAUGGUGAGGGGGGGAAGGAAGGGAGAGAUGGCCAUAUGGAGGCGUGGAUGGCUCAUACAUUUCCUGCACUGUUCAGGCUGUUCUCCCUCAAUGUUCUACUCACCACAUACCUAUACGUUUAGGACUGUACCAAUCGGCACUCUUCCGAACUUCUGUUAUUCGCCAUUCUUUUUCUCGUUUGUUUUUAUCAUGGUUUCAAGAGCUCUGCUGUACCUCUCUUGCUCCGCCAUCACUGCCUACCUUACUCUACUCUACUCCCUCCCCACCUCCCAAGUCAACUCCCAUAUCUUACCGGUGUCCAUUUCUGGACAUAUCUGGCCUUACUCUUCACUAGAGCAAACAA